UGUUUAUUAAACUCGUAUUUCUAGAUGAGAACUGUGUUCUCAGCGGCUCACCAGAGAACCACGUCACACAGACACAAAUAUAUUCAUGACAGUUUUGAGCUAGCAGUUCGCACUUUAGCUAGCACUUAUGGGCACCACCCGCGUAAACAAACUACAGUCAGUAAUGUAAUAUUUAAAUCUGUUUUAAAGUGGCAGAUUAUUGAUGUAGCGGUUUGAUUUUCAUCUCAAAAGUCUUCGCUUUUUGGCACAACGACAACAAUAAUAACAAAUGGAAAGACCGAUCGAAAUUUUGAAAACAAACAAGCCGAUUUAUUGGGCGGGUAAUUUAUAUGGUAGCUAAUAUGUCGACAUUUUUUCCCAACAAACUUAACUUUGUCUCGGUUAAACUUUGAGAAUUUAUUUUCGUAAUGUUGAACAUUUUCGUCCAAAUAUAUAUUUCCAGAUCAGCGCGACCUCGAGUGCAGCUCGUCUUUGUUUCCCGCAGGUGUCGCUGCACGUCGACUUUACCCACAAAUGCAUCACAUUGUCAUGCGACAGUUUUCCAGGAGCCAUCAUCCCCGCGCCGACUGCGCAUGCGCACGUCCAUUCUCCUGCAGGCACAGCAUUCCGGGUGGAGAGAGUGAGAGAAAGAGAAAGACGCUGGAGACCCGAGGCCCUGUUCUGGGUUUGACGGCUAACACCACGAACGGACUCUUCUGGAACCCACAUGGCUCUGCAGUGAAGGCCUCUCCGUCUCCCCCAGCUGCUCUGCUCCUCCACCUCCGCUCAAGUGGUUUGACUAACUCACCACAACAAGAAGGAGAAGACGAAGAAGAAGAGGAGGGGACGAGUCAAGUGUGAGGCAGUAGUUCAUUUGCCCCAGCUGCCGUGCACACUCACACAUGCUGCAUUACUGCCAUUCCCCAAAUCCUGGUCCAUCACUCCCUAGGGCCCAGCCCCUAGCCUGCUAGCCAGCUAGCACUUGGCCCCAAACAGAUCCUGUCUACAGUCAGAAGACACGGGCCGACAGCCUCAAGAACCGAGCCCUGCAUUUCCCUCCUUCCUCUGGGUCAUUCGGUCUUGGCGCCACCAACUGGAGCUCCUGUUGUCCAGCUGUCAUUUCCGCUGCUUUAAGCAGUGGAGGGUAGUUCUUAGUCUGCGACUCAGCGAGGCGGUUUGAGGAGCUAGGGGGGGCUGUUUAUCAAAGUUCAGAAUGAUGGAGGCCAACAUGGAGAGCUGCCUGGCACAGGUCCUGCAGAAGGACGUGGGCCGGCGGCUGCAGGUGGGUCAGGACAUCAUCGAUUACAUCCUAAACAAGGAGAAGUCUCAGGACCUGGAGCAGGAUCAGACCGUACUGGACAAGAUGGUGGACAGCAUCGCCACUUCCUGGGUCAACUCCAGCAACUUUAAGGUGGCUCUUCUGGGCCUAGACCUCUUAUCUGCCUUAGUCACAAGGUUACAGGAGCGCUUCAAGGCCCACGUGGGAACAAUUCUGCCCAGUCUUAUUGAUCGGCUAGGAGAUGCCAAAGACCAGGUGAGAGACCAGGACCAAGUCCUGCUGCUGAAGAUCAUGGAACAGGCUGCGUCCCCGCAGUACGUAUGGGAUCGUAUACUGGGAGGAUUCAAACACAAAAACAACAGGACCAGGGAAGGAGUGUGUCUGUGCCUUAUAGCCACGUUGAACAUAUAUGGAGCUCAAGGCCUGACCCUCAGCAAAAUCGUUCCACAUAUAUGUAACCUGCUGGGAGACCCCAUAAGUCAGGUGCGUGACGGAGCCAUGAGCUCUCUGGUAGAGAUCUACAGACACGUGGGUGAGAGGGUGAGGAUGGACCUCAGCAAAAAAGGCCUGCCACAGUCACGGUUGAAUGUAAUCUUCAGCAAGUUUGAUGAAGUCCAAAGAUCUGGGAACAUGGUUCCAUCUUCCAGCUCAGAUAAGAACUUUGAAGAUGAAGAUUCAAUGGACGGAGGCCGGUCCUCUUCCUCCUCCUCCUCUAAAGUGCCCCCCAGUGGCAGGAGAGGUGUGGCGACUACAGUCAGAAGACCUAGCUCAGCCACAUCAGUGAAGCCCACAGCUAAAGAAGCUGGAGCCGGUGCCCUCGAUGAAGAAGAUUUUAUCAAAGCCUUUGAAGAUGUGCCGUCUGUUCAGAUCUUCUCUAACAGAGAGCUGGAGGACCAGCUGACCAAGAUCAGAGAAGUCCUGUCUGAUGACAAACACGACUGGGAGCAUAGAGUGACGGCUUUGAAGAAGAUCCGCUCCCUGAUGAUGUCCGGAGCCACCGAGUACGAGGGCUUCCCUCAGCAGCUGCGCCUCCUGGAGGCUCCCCUUAAGCUGUCAGCGAAAGACCUGCGGUCCCAGGUGGUCCGCGAGGCCUGCAUCACUUUAGGACACCUGUCCGCCCUCCUGCAAAACAAGUUUGACCACGGGGCAGAGAGCGUCAUGCCCACUUUACUGAACCUUGUACCCAACAGUGCCAAAGUCAUAGCCACGUCAGGCAUGGCAGCCAUCCGCCUCAUCCUGAGGCAUACGCACUAUCCACGUCUCAUCCCCAUCAUCACCAGUAACUGCACCUCCAAGUCAGUGGCAGUCCGACGGCGAUGUUACGAGUUCCUGGACCUCAUGUUACAGGAGUGGCACACAAACACUCUGGAGAGACACGUGGCUGUUCUGACAGAGACCAUCAAGAAAGGCAUCCACGACGCCGACUCUGAGGCCAGGUCCAUAGCCAGAAAGUGUUACUGGGGCUUCCACGGUCACUACAGUCGAGAGGCGGAGCAUCUGUUCCAGGCUCUGGAGUCCACCUAUCAGAGAGCCCUGCAGUCUCACCUGAAGAGCUCCGACAGCAUCGUGUCCCUGCCGCAGUCUGACCGCUCCUCCUCCUCCUCACAGGAGAGUCUAAACCGACCUCUGUCUGUGAAGAGUGUUAUCGGAGGAAGUAUGACCAGGAGUGAGUCUCUUCUUAUCUCAACUUCAACUUCAACCCUGUUUUGUCUUUACUUCUUGACAACGUCCGCACAGGAACUGUUGGCCGGUGCUGGUUGUCCAAACGUUGUCCAUGUUUGCCCACUCACUCCUGCUCCUACUAAUAUCUUCCUCCUUACCUCUCCUCCCCCGUGCUGCUGCUCCAUCUUUCAUAAACCUCUAAAAGAUGGCACCCCUGGUAAAAGAGAUGGCCGCAUCCGGACCAGAAGACAGAACUCCGGUAGCGUGGGUGGAGCUAGCCCUUCAGUGGUGGACAGCAGGGGGCGAAGUCGGGCCAAAGUUGUCUCCCAAUCCCAGCGAUCCAGAUCGGCCAAUCCCAUCAGUGCUGGAAGUCGCUCCAGCUCCCCCGGGAAACUCCUCGGACACGGCACCUGUGGUCGAGUCCCUCGAGUCCCAACGUCGGCCUCUUCUACUGCAGCCGACAAGCGCAGCAGGAUUCCCCGCAGCCAGGGCUGCAGUCGCGAGACCAGCCCCAGUCGGCUGGGUCUGGCCCGGAGCCGCAUCCCCCGCCCCAGCAUGAGUCAAGGUUGUAGUCGCGACACUAGUCGCGAGAGCAGCCGCGAUACCAGCCCUGCCCGGGGCUUCACUCCCCUGGACCGCUACGGUUUGAUUCAUCAGGCACGGAUCUCUGCGUCGGUCAAUGCCAUGAGGAUCCUGAACACGGGCACGGAGGUGGAGGCGGCCGUGGCCGACGCUCUGAGAAAGCCUCUGCGGCGUCGGUACGAAUCCCCAGGGAUGUACUCUGACGACGACGCCAACAGCGACGCGUCCAGCGCCUGCUCCGAGAGCUCGUACAGCUCACGGAACGGCGGCAUUCCACAUUACCUGCGCCAAACCGAGGACGUCGCUGAAGUCCUCAACCACUGCGCCAGCUCCAACUGGUCAGAGAGGAAGGAGGGCCUGCUGGGUCUGCAGAACCUCCUGAAGAGCCAGAGGAUACUUAGUCGGGUGGAGCUGAAGAGACUGUGUGAGAUCUUCACCAGGAUGUUCGCCGACCCUCACAGCAAGAGAGUGUUCAGCAUGUUCCUGGAGACCCUGGUGGACUUCAUCACCGUCCACAGAGAGGACCUCCAGGACUGGCUCUUCGUGCUGCUCACACAGCUGCUGAAGAAGAUGGGAGCGGAUCUGCUGGGCUCCGUCCAGGCCAAGGUCCAGAAGGCGCUGGAUGUCACCAGGGAGUCUUUUCCUUUCGACCAGCAGUUCAACAUUUUAAUGAGGUUCAUCGUUGAUCAGACCCAGACUCCAAACCUGAAGGUCAAGGUGGCCAUUUUGAAGUACAUUGAAUCCCUGGCGAGACAUAUGGACCCCACAGACUUUGUCAACUCCAGUGAGACUCGUCUGGCCGUGUCUCGCAUCAUUACCUGGACCACGGAACCCAAGAGCUCCGACGUCAGGAAGGCCGCUCAGGUGGUGUUGAUCUCCCUGUUCGAGCUCAACACUCCAGAGUUCACCAUGCUGUUGGGGGCCUUGCCCAAAACCUUCCAGGACGGCGCCACCAAGCUGCUACACAACCACCUGAAGAACAGCAGCAACACCAGCAGCAGUGUGGGCUCACCCAGCAACACCAUUGGACGGACACCGCAGCGUCACACCCCCAGCAGAACCAGCCCCCUCACCUCGCCCACCAACUGCUCUCAUGGCGGCUUGUCUCCCAGUCGGUUAUGGGGAUGGGGUGUGGACGGACUGACAAAGCACCCACCUGCCCCUUCUCCUCCUCCUCCUCCUCCACCUCACUCCUCCUCUGCUGCCCCCUCCUUGAGGGUCCUGCGCAGAGCGUACUCGCCCAGCAUGAUGGAGUACGACACGGAGAACAUGAACUCUGAGGAGAUCUACAGCUCCCUCCGCGGGGUCACUGAGGCCAUCCAGAGUUUCAGCCACCGCAGCCAGGAGGACCUCAACGAGCCAAUCAGACGAGACGGCAAGAGGGACGACGCUGCCGUCAGAGAAGGAGUGUCCUCGUCUCCUGGCUCAGACCCUCGACUGGGCCUGGACAUGGUGGAAGGAGGUCGCACCGCGUUGGACAACAAAACGUCUCUUCUCAACACGCCGUCACCGCGCUCUUUCUCUGGGCCCCGUGGCCGCGAGUUUGCUCCGUUCAGCUACGCGGAAACCAUCUGUACGUAUGACAAGAGCGCGCUGAAGGAGGCGGUCUUCGACGACGACGUGGAGCAGUUCCGUGACUGCCGACGUCAGGACAGCGGUGAAAACAAGAUGACGCUCUCCAAACUCUUGGCUCCUGUCGGUCAGGACCACUCGGACCUUGUGGCCGACUUGCUUAAGGAAUUGUCCAAUCAUAACGAGCGCUGUGAGGAGCGUAAGGGCGCCCUGGUGGAGCUUCUGAAAAUCACACGUGAAGAUAACCUGGCUGUGUGGGACGAGCACUUCAAGACCAUCCUGCUGCUGCUGCUGGAGACGCUCAGUGACAAAGACCACACCAUCAGAGCCCUGGCGCUGAGGGUCCUUAAGGAGAUCCUGAGGAACCAGCCGGCCCGCUUCAAGAACUACGCUGAGCUGACCAUCAUGAAGACUCUGGAGGCUCACAAAGACUCUCACAAGGAGGUGGUGCGCGCGGCUGAAGAAGCAGCCUCCACCCUGGCGGGCUCCAUCCACCCAGAGCAGUGCAUCAAGGUUCUUUGCCCCAUCGUCCAGACGGCCGACUACCCCAUCAACCUGGCAGCCAUCAAAAUGCAGACCAAGGUCAUUGAACGCAUCACCAAGGACUCCCUGGUGCAGCUGCUGCCGGACAUCAUCCCUGGACUCCUGCUGGGCUAUGACAACACAGAGAGCAGCGUUCGUAAGGCCAGCGUGUUCUGUUUGGUGGCAAUCUACUCUGUGAUUGGAGAGGACCUCAAACCUCACCUGGCACAACUCACUGGCAGCAAGAUGAAGCUCCUGAAUCUCUACAUCAAACGAGCUCAGACGACCAACAGCAACAGCAGCAGCUCCUCCGACGUCUCCUCCCACAGCUAAUGCUUCGCUUCUCCUGGGCACUGAGCCCCCCCCCCUCCUUAGUCAUCG